UGUCAUUUGUCAAUUGUGUUUUGUGCGAGUUUGGUUGGUUUGUAAACGAUACGGCUUCGGCUGUUUUUUAUUUAAUAAUAAUACUCCAAAUAUUUUAGAAAUUCAUCUUGUUAACCCAAAAACCGAUGUCAGAAACUUCUUUACAAGGAAAUCAAGCCCCUAAAGAAGACCAACCUCCAUCCAAAAUACCCGAAUCCGUUAAGAAAAUAAUUUCAAUGGAAAAAGAAAAUGAUACGAAUGCUAGUCGAAAAUCACGAAUUGAUCUCAACGCACUGCCGACCCGUCAGUAUUUGGACCAAACCGUAGUUCCUAUAUUACUACAAGGACUAUCAGCUCUUGCCAAAGAAAGGCCACCAGACCCCAUCAAUUACCUGGCAGCUUAUUUACUGAAAAAUAAAAGCACCUUCGAUAAUAAUAAUGCAAACGCAAAUAAUAAUCCACCGCCAAACACACAAACUUAGAUAAAUAUUAAUAUUUAAUUUACCAUGGAAACUUUGCUCAUACCUAUAUCAGUGUAUAAUAAACCUAUAAGAUGCAGGAUUGUAUAUUAAUGUACAAAAAUCUCAUGUUAUUUAUAUGUAAGCAUGCUGAUAUAUGUGUGGUUUAAGUAUCUAAGUAUCUUAAGCCAAUUGUGGUCUUAAAGAUAUAUAAGAUAAAUUAUCUUUGUAAAUAUUUCACCUUUAGUAAUCCAUGUGUUCUGACAUCUUUAGAAUAUGACUAAAAUAAGGAUUAGUUUAUGUAAUGGGGGAAUGAUUUUCUUUUAAAUAUUGAACAGAAUAUGUUGAGACA